UUCCGGUAGCGGCUAACUACCGGAAGUGCAGUCUGCAUUUAGAGAUUCCUCAUUGUUUACUAUGAAAUAAUAUCUAUAUGACCUCUUCGUGUGUCAUUAUAACCUAACGUUGAGAUCGUUGUAUUGAUCUUUUAGACCAAAUUUCUAAAGAAUGCAUCGUAGAGGCGUUGGGGCUGGCGCUAUAGCCAAAAAGAAGCUAGCAGAGGCCAAAUACAAAGAAAGGGGAACUGUACUUGCAGAGGACCAGAUAGUUCAGAUGUCGAAGCAGUUGGAAACGUUCAAAUCCAACCUGGAGGAGUUUGCCAGCAAGCACAAACAAGAGAUCCGCAAGAACCCCCAGUUCAGAGUCCAGUUUCAGGAGAUGUGUGCUACCAUCGGCGUUGACCCACUUGCUUCUGGUAAAGGCUUUUGGUCUGAGAUGCUUGGUGUUGGUGAUUUCUACUACGAACUGGGCGUACAAAUCAUUGAAGUCUGCCUUGCCCUGAAACACAGAAAUGGAGGUCUUAUUACUCUGGAUGAGCUCCACCAGAGAGUGCUGAAGGGUCGUGGUAAAUAUGCGCAGGAUGUGAGCCAAGAUGACUUGGUCCGGGCCAUUAAGAAACUGAAAGUGAUGGGAAGUGGCUUUGGGAUGAUCCCGGUUGGCGGUUCUUACCUGGUCCAGUCGGUUCCUGCAGAACUAAACAUGGAUCACACUGUAGUUUUACAGUUAGCUGAGAAAAAGGGAUACGUCACAGUGAGUGAGAUCAGAGGCAGCUUAAAAUGGGAGAGGGAACGAGCAUGUCACGUGCUGGAUCAUCUGCUAAAAGAAGGUUUGGCUUGGCUGGACUCUCAAGCAGGCGCAGAGGCUCAGUACUGGCUGCCGGCGCUCUUCGCUGAGUUGACCUCACGUGAUGUCACGCCAGAGGAAGCCAAUCAGAUGACGCCUUAGGAGGAUCGUUUUAUUGGUUCACAGGCUGGAGGUGAUGGACUGGGUGUAAUCCCACAAGGAUCCGUACAAGAGGGGGCUCUUUUUUUUAUUUUUUUUAUUUCCCUCCGUCACAGGCACCUCUUGCGUUGCCAAAGUAUUUGCGCACCGUGAAAAUUUUUAGAUUUGUCAGAUUACAGCCACAAACAGUUCGGUUCAAUUCAGUUUAUUGUAUUGAAUCCUUCCUUUUCAUCAGCUCUGACCAGUUCUCCUUUCCCAGCUGAAGAAAACUAUCCCCCUGGUAUGUUGCUGCCACCACCAUGCUUCACCAUGGUAGAGGGUGUGUUCAAGGAGAGGAGGAAACUGGAAACGUUACAGGGGUGUGAAAAUAUUUCAAACACUCUGUUACUUCUGUGUAAUCUCUGGUGGAGUCUUGCUUUUUUGGUGAUUGGAGAAUUUCUUAAUGGUAUACACAU